AUCCCAAUUGGAACCUAGACUUUUGCAAGAAGUUGGACGAUGACUUAGAACUCUUGAAUGGUAAAACCCAUUGAAACCAAUUUUGUACACUUCCGUAUUAGACACCCUACUAUUUAUCAUUUAUCAUAUUUCUUUGAAUGAGAAGUUAACCCAAACCCUUUUUUUAGCUGGUCCUUGUUCUCGCAAUCCCUGUAUUACCAAUGCGGUGUGCCACGAGAGUGUGGACGGCUCAACGUUUGACUGCACAUGCACGUCUGGCUGGACUGGCAGCAAUUGUGAUAUUGCUGACUGCACCCUAGAAACCUGCUACAAUGGUGGCACGUGCAACCAGCAGAGAGAUGGUAGCUAUGUGUGUCUGUGCAUGGACGGGUUCGAAGGCAGUCACUGCCAAACAGAUGUGGACGAGUGUCAAAGCAACCCUUGUAAGAACAAUGGGCUCUGUGUGGAGCAGGUGGGAACAUACCGAUGUCUGUGCAAGGGAUCCUACACAGGCACCAACUGUGAGAUCAGCAAUGAUAGUAAUGCCAGUUCUGGAAGUGGUCCGUUGGACGGCUCGGCUGUUAAGGUGGACGACUGGCUGAUUGCUGUCAUGGUCCUGGCUGCGGUCAUUCUCAUCAUCGUCGGCGUUCUGGUCAGUUGCAUGCUGUACAACCGCCGCAAGGCCGGUGCGCUGGGCAAGGCGGGCAAUGCGCCCUUCAAGGAGCGCGCCAACUGGCAGAUGCGGACAGGGCACGGCACUCGCCCGCCCACCGUGCUGCGUGCCUCGCCGGCGCUACCCGAGCCCGUCAGCGUCAGGCAGCCCGUAUACGCUGAGUACACACUGGAGGGGGAACUCUUUGAGUUGCAGAGCAGCACCAGCGGGAUAUCCAACAAUUACAGUUCAUGAUGAUUUUUAAUCCCAUGAAAUGUCACCCUCCCAGAUCUCUCAAAAUCCACCUGCCAGUUUUGAAGGAUUUUGAAAGAACUAAAGGUUUUAUGCAAUGCAAUUCUUUUGCUGCAACCCUGUGAAAAUAUACUGCUGUAUUUCAGUUAAUCUUAUUUUUCCAUUGUUGUUAUAUAUUUGAAAAGUGCCUUUUUGGUUUUUAUGCAGAUGCAAAUUUCCGUAUUCAUGAGCAAAUCUGUGAUGCCAUUCCAGGAAAAAACCUAAAUGUUACAUUGAUCUGUGCUCAAACAACUGCUAAAUUUUGGAUAUUUUUGCCAUCCUAGCUUUCCUUUUCUCUACUGGUUUUAUUUUGUAAGUACAUGGCAAGAAAUCAAUGAAAAGUCUUUUCUCAGAAAUGUCUUCAAUAUACAAAUGUUUUCGUUCACAAUUCGGGUCAAAAGAAGUACCAGAAAAACUGAGCAGUGUCUUCCCUGAAUGACAUCGCAGCCGCAGGUGGUAUCGGUUGUCUGAAAAAAGCAUGCACAAGUUUUAAUGCUUGAAAAAAAGCAGUGUUUAUGAAACUCCCAACCCCCACAAGAUGUCAUGUCAUUUUAGACAUUGAAAAAGAGUAUGACAUUGCACAGAUAUUGUCUCAGAAAAAUUCAUCGUCCACUCUUUUCCUGCCAUUGGAAGAUUGAAAACUGUUGCAGUUAAGAAAGGGAGCACCUAUUUUAAUACAUGGCCUACAGCAUCCCUUGAAAAUGAAAGCACCAACAUGUACUUUGUUUCCAGCACAGUGAUUGAUUAUGGAAGAUAUUUUAGAAAUCUAUAACCAAAAUGCUUGGGGGCAUAAAUAGAUUAACCCAGUACAUAAAACCAACUAGACUUUUGAAUGCAUGCCAAGAGAUUGAGCCAUUCGUUAAACUUGCAUUCUCACAGAUUUGUCAUAUGUGAGGUCAUGUUAGGGGCACUUUUCACGAAGUUGGCUAGCAAGAAACUUGCUUUGCACAAAAACCAAUUCCUCAGCAAAAUCAGGUUACCGGCUAAGCUGUCAUUGAGUACAUGACUUUUGUAAUUGGUCCCCUGCUGCUUGUUGCUUAGCAUGUAACGUUGUAACAGUUAUUCUGGGAACUGUCGUUUCAAAUUGGGUAGGGUGAAAGCUUUUAUUAGUUAUUUGCCUACCAAGUUGAAAGGUGACUGUUACAUGUACAUACUUGGUCCAUAAUUUACUUGGAUUUUGCAUUUUGCUGAAAAUUUAAACUUGCUGUUCACUCAACACUUUAUGAAUGAAACUCAUAUUAUUGAAAAUUGCACUUGCUAUGUGUACAUAUAGAGAUGGGACCACAAUAUCUAAAGGUUUUAUGCUUCACCAUAUUUUGUAAUUUGAAAUCUAAUUUGUAAAUAGUGGUACAUCUUCCGUCCAAGGUUUGUGCUGUUGUGACUAACUUAAUUUUUAAAAAUGCUUGAACAGAAUUUUAAGAAAUGAUUAAAAAAUCAUUAACCUUGUAAUAAUUGGUAAUUGAAUUGGCUUAACGGAAUUUGUAAUAGUUUAAAUUUAUCAAAUGCAAUCAAAGCAUAUUGGAUCAGAAUCAAGUCAAAAGAGUACUUAAUAUGUUACAGAUCUGUAUGCAAAACUCCAUGCCCUCAAUUAACGUCCUCAAUCAAGGUCCUCACAAGGUAAGCAAACAAAAGGAAAAACAUAAGAAAAUGUUCCUUUCAACAAGUGGUAACAGUUUAAUUCUUAAAUAAAGCCACACAUUUUUAUACAAUGCUGAUAUUGUGCUGUUUUACAAAGGUACACUUUUCAUGGAUAUUUGAAACAAAUAGCCCGUUAACUGUCAACUCCAAUUAAUUUAAUGCUAUGAGUUGUUUUUACUUUCCCCUCCAUCCUACAGGUUAGGGUACCAAUCUGUACAUUUGCCAGAGCAAAUGGAUGGAUUGGUUUUCUUUGUUUAAAAAAAAAAUUUAAAAAUUAAGCAAUCGCUGAAUCUGUCUGGGCUCUAAUAAGUCUAAUGUUCCCAAAGAUACAUUUGAAUACAAAGUGUUAUGGAAUGACUUUCCACUUAAAAACUGUUGACUUUGAAUACAUAUGAUAAGGGCUAACAAGUCUCGAAAUAUUUGACGAGGCAAUGUCAUCGACGGAUUGACUUCCUGACUAGAAAUGCCACCAAAAAACAAACAAGCAAACAAAAA